GCUCGGCACCAGCCCCUGGGAGCUUUGCGGCACCCGCAGCGCAUUUGCACGCAGCCACCCCGGGAAGGCCCCCGCCGGGCUCCUCAAUCGCCAGAUUCUCCUAUUACCCCCUUGUGCAAGUUGUGAAGGAGAGGCAGGAAGCAUGCGGGACUAUGAUGAGGUGACCGCCUUCCUGGGCGAGUGGGGACCCUUCCAGCGCCUCAUCUUCUUCCUACUCAGCGCCAGCAUCAUCCCCAAUGGCUUCAAUGGUAUGUCAGUCGUGUUCCUGGCGGGGACCCCGGAGCACCGUUGCCUUGUGCCUGACACCGUGAACCUGAGCAGCGCAUGGCGCAACCACAGUAUCCCGUUGGAGACGAAGGACGGGCGACAGGUGCCCCAGAAAUGCCGCCGCUACCGACUGGCCACCAUCGCCAACUUCUCUGCGCUGGGGCUGGAGCCUGGACUGGAUGUGGACCUGGAGCAGCUGGAGCAGGAAAGCUGCCUGGAUGGCUGGGAGUACAGCAAGGAUGUCUUCCUGUCCACCAUCGUGACCGAGUGGAAUCUGGUGUGUGAGGAUGACUGGAAGACACCCCUCACCACCUCCCUGUUCUUCGUAGGCGUUCUCUGCGGCUCCUUCGUGUCUGGGCAGCUGUCGGACAGGUUUGGCAGGAAGAAAGUCCUCUUUGCAACCAUGGCCGUGCAGACUGGAUUCAGCUUCGUACAGAUUUUCUCCACCAACUGGGAGAUGUUUACCGUGUUAUUUGUCAUUGUGGGCAUGGGCCAGAUCUCCAACUAUGUGGUGGCCUUCAUACUAGGAACUGAAAUUCUGAGCAAGUCAGUUCGAAUUAUCUUCUCCACAUUAGGAGUCUGUACAUUUUUUGCAAUCGGCUAUAUGGUACUGCCGCUGUUUGCAUACUUCAUCCGAGACUGGAGGAUGCUGCUGCUGGCCCUGACACUUCCUGGGGUGCUGUGUGUCCCCCUGUGGUGGUUUAUUCCUGAAUCUCCCCGGUGGCUCAUAUCCCAGAGGAGAUUUGAAGAGGCAGAACAGAUCAUCCAGAAAGCUGCAAAGAUGAACAGCAUCGUGGCACCAGCAGUGAUAUUCGAUCCUGUGGAGCUACAGGAGCUAAAUUCCUUGAAGCAGCCAAAAGCCUUCAUUCUGGACCUGUUCAAGACUCGGAACAUUGCUACAAUAACAGUGAUGUCUGUGAUGCUGUGGAUGCUAACCUCAGUGGGUUACUUUGCUCUGUCUCUCAAUGUUCCUAAUUUACAUGGAGAUAUCUACCUGAACUGCUUCCUCUCUGGCCUGAUUGAAGUUCCAGCUUAUUUCACAGCCUGGCUGCUGCUGAGAACCCUGCCUCGGAGAUACAUUAUAGCUGGGGUGCUGUUCUGGGGAGGAGGUGUGCUUCUCUUGGUCCAAGUGGUACCUGAAGAUUAUAACUUGGUGUCCAUCAGCCUGGUGAUGCUAGGGAAAUUUGGGGUCACCUCUGCCUUCUCCAUGCUGUAUGUCUUCACUGCAGAGCUCUACCCAACCCUGGUCAGGAACAUGGCUGUGGGCAUCACCUCCAUGGCCUCUCGGGUGGGCAGCAUCAUCGCUCCCUAUUUUGUUUACCUGGGUGCCUAUAACAGACUCCUGCCCUACAUUCUCAUGGGCAGUCUGACUGUCCUGAUUGGAAUCGUCACCCUUUUUUUCCCUGAAAGUUUUGGAGGGACUCUACCAGAGACCUUAGAGCAGAUGCAGAAAGUGAGAGGGUUCCGAUGUGGGAAAAAAUCAACAACCUCAAUGGACAGAGAAGAAAACCCCAAGGUUCUAAUCACUGCAUUCUAAUAAGGUUCCUCGGCACCUGCCAAACUGGAAAAUAGAUGUGUAAGAUGAGUUUGGUGUGAUGGAACACAUCUGUGAUCCCAGCACUGUAGGGGGGAGCCAGGAGAAUCAGGAAUUCAAGGUCAGCCUUGGCUAUAUCAGGAGUACAAGACCAGCCUGGACUACAAGCAAUCCUGUCUUAAGAAAACAAAAUUAAAGCCUUUCCUGCUGAAAGGGACUAACAGAAACAAUGAACAUUAAGCUGGACUUGUGGAGAAAUACAUGUUGUCUCCUAAACUCUCAGCCACUCUUCAGAUAAUCUUCCUGUUUUUUAAGAACAAACAUUUCUAAACUGUCUUGACCACUAACCAGUCAAAGAAAGAGGUUUGUAAGAUUUUUCUUGAAAAUGUGUUAGUUAAGGAUUGGCAAAAUCCAUAUUAAGAUUAACACACAUUUCCAAAAUGCUAUCCAAAUAAAAUUGACUGUAUUAUCAUAA